GACAGGAACAAGGUGAACGUGAGCAACACCAACGGUGCCCCGACCUCCUUCUUCUUUGAUCAGGCGUUCGAUGCCGCUGCUACCCAGGAGCAGGUGUGCGACUACGUCAGUGAGCAGGUGCUGCCACAUGCCAUCAAUGGCGAGCACAUCUGCAUUUUGGCAUAUGGCCAAACUGGCAGUGGUAAGACAUAUACCAUGUUUGGUGAUUUCGCUCCUGGGCCGUCUCCGCGGGACAGCGCAUCGGCCAACCAAAACCAGGGCGUGGCUUUUCGCGCCAUGAGCCGUCUUGCAGAGAUGAUGCGGUCCAAGGGCCUCGAUGCGUCGAAUGCGCCAACCGUGGAGCUCAGCUUCUUGGAGGUGUACAACGACAACCUGUAUGACCUGCUUGAUGGCUCACGCCAGUUACCGCGCUUGCGCUCCAGUGAGAAGCACGUGGUGCCACAGGGCCUGACCCGAAGGCGGUGCGAGCUAAACGAGAUGGAGCGACAGGUUCACAGCUGGUUGCGGGAGGGCGCCGCGACCCGCAUGGUCGGCAAGACCGUCUUUAACCCUCGCUCCAGUCGGAGCCAUGCAGUGGUUAUGCUCCACUUGUGCUGGUCUCAGCAGACCUCUUCCUCUCGGCUGCGCCAUCUUCCCGGCUCCACGACGCGUGAGACGCGUGUGUAUCUGGUGGACUUGGCAGGGAGCGAGAGGGCUGGGCUGCAUGCCCUUGGCCCGGAGCAGCUGAAGGAGGGAGAGCACAUCAACCUCAGCCUGUCUGCCCUGGGCCGCGUGGUUGGAGCUUUGGCGAGUGGCAAGUGCGAGCAUGUGCCGUACCGGGACUCCGCUCUGACAUGGCUCCUCAAGGACGCAAUCACAGGAAGCAGUGCUCGGGUGUGCAUGGUUGCCGCAGUGCAUCCUUCACAUCCUGUGGAGACAGCCAGCACCUUGCGCUAUGCCCGCCAGUAUUCGGCGUUGCAAAACACCACGGGCAGCCACGCCUCGCAAUUGUCUUCGCAGGUCCGCGACCUGCAGCGUCGCGUUGAUUCGCUCCGACAUGCCUUUGAGAAGGCUCUCGCCGGUGACGAGCACAGCAUCGCGUGGACGCGGGAAUCCCUGCAAGGCUCCGUGCAUUGUCAGCCCAAGGCGAAUGCACGGCAAUGGUUUGAAUCGCAUCCAACUCUCUCAUGGACGACGGCGCACCAGAGUAAGGCCGCCGUCCGCGGGCAGCGCCGCGAUCGUAGCGGCAUAGGUUACAUCACGAAGAUCGAGGAAGUCGCAGGGGGCGACGAGGCUCUCGCAAGAGUUUGCGAGGUGACCUUUGAAGGUCGUCAUGGGAGGCUUCCAGUGGUGCUGUGGUACCCCGAAGUGGCGCUGGAGAUGGUCAAGCCACCUUCAUCGCUGCUUGAGGCCAUGCAGAAGUUGGACACUGCAGAGGCCGAGCUCAACAGGCUCCGGGGAGAGUUGCAGGCCGCUCGAAAAGAUGAGGCCAUGCGACAGCAGGAAUGGAUGGCGACCGCACAAGGGAAACUUCCUCGGCCGCCGCCGAUGCGCGACACGUGUGCCGCGGAGGAAAAGGAUCCUGCCAGGGUGGGCACCCCGAAUCGGACCCAGCAAUGUCAGGCGAGCGUCGCAAUCAGUUUAGCAAAGCAUGGACUGAUUCGCCAACUCGCACAGUCGCUUCUUCUCGCAUGUGUAAGGCUCUGGGUUGCAGCACGCACGUGCAAGCAAUACUUGACAUCAUUUUGCUGCAUCAUCAGCGAACUAGAGGUUUCGGAUGGUUUGGACGGGAGAGCGAGGCUGUUUGAUACCUGCCUGAUCAGGAAAGCUAGCUCUGCGGAGCUUGCUUUGGCUAUCAUUUUCUUGCUGGACUGCGCAAUUUGA